GUCAAAGAGGAAAAACUAGCACACAACUUUGUUCACAUCCCAGUCACCCAUCUUGCAACGCGUUCGAACCUCUUCAUACACAUUCAUCACUCAUUCGUCAUUUUCCUUGUUUGGUACCUUGUUUUGGUCUCUUGUUCUUGAUCAUGUUUUAAAGCUCGAUUCUCCUCUCAUCUUCUCUCCGCAAAUUUCAUGUAUCAUACAGUAACUUCGUCCAGCUAGCCCGACUAUCAGCGAUCCAUCUUUCAACAUGCGAGGCGUCAAGAUCUUCUCUGGCCGGUCUCACCCGGCUCUUGCCCACAAAAUCUCAGAACGCCUUGGGAGCGAUUUGGCAAAAUGUGACCUGGGCAAUUUCUCCAACGGCGAGAUCAGUGUUCAGAUUGGUACCUCGAUUAGAAACGAAGAUGUUUUCAUCGUCCAGAGCGGAAGUCCUCAAACCAAUGAUAGCGUUAUGGAGAUGCUCAUCAUGAUCGCAGCUUGCAAAGGGGGUUCCGCCAAAUCCAUUACCGCCGUCAUGCCCUACUUUCCAUAUUCGCGCCAGUCCAAGAAAAAGAGUCACCGCGGGGCCAUCACGGCCAAGAUGCUAGCCAACCUCAUGGUGGUUGCUGGUGUCGAUCACAUCAUUACCGUCGACCUCCAUGCUUCCCAAAUGCAGGGUUUCUUCGGCAAACCAGUCGAUAAUCUUUACGCUGAACCCAUCAUUGCUCGGUGGAUCAAAAACAAUGUCUUGAGAUGGAGAGAGGCGGUGGUUGUCAGCAAAAAUGUCGGUGGCACCAAACGUGUCACUUCGUUAGCGGAUGCCCUCAAGCUGAGAUUCGCCUUGGUCUCCACCGACCGGGACCGCUCUCGUCGACCACAGCAUCACCAGAGCAUGAUGGAUAGUACUGUCUUUUUCGACGCAAUCGAACCCCAGACUGUUCGCUAUGGUCAACGACUGAGUGAAGAUGGAGAUGAUGGUGAAGAGGCAGAUAAUGAAUCCGAUCAGGCGUUGGAUGCCUCCGGACGACGAGAUCUCCCACUUCGAGGCCGCCAUCACCUAACCAAUGGUACGAGCAGGCCAGGGAGGCCCAAAGCGGUGACAAUUGCCUCAAGCCCUUUGGUCCAGACGACAAGAGUGGAGUCGGCGUCGCCAUCACCAUCACCCAAUCGGUUAGGCCGAUCAGAUACGGUGCCGAGCGCUCGCCGACCAUCAGAAUACGAGGCCAACGAAGCUGCUUUUGACGAAAGAGCGCGCGAUGUCAUGGUGGGACGCUUGAUCCAAGGGCACCUGGUGGAUGAAGACCAUCCUUCCACCGUAUCAAGCAUGUCAGCCUCCAUCACCGGUCUUCCAGGUGACCGCUACUCGCAGGACGCCACCGAUGUGCAAGGAUACGAUCCGAUGACUUCUUCCUUUAUGUCGAAUGCCUCUUCACUCGGCCCAGACCACGCUCUAGGGGGUACAUUCGAUGCUGCGGCCACCUCCGACGAAGAAGAGGAGCAUAUCAGGAGGCCCGACCUGGAGCAUACGAUUACAUUGGUGGGCAAUGUCAAAGAUCAGACGGUUUUACUAAUGGACGACAUCUUGGACCGCUCAGGGUCUUGGAUCGCCGCAGCAGAAACCUGUGUCAAGAUCGGCCAGGCUAGACGAGUCUACUGCAUUGCUGUUCAUGCACUUUUUGGCGAAGAUUCUCUCGAAGAGCUGGAGGCGUGUGACUGCAUCGAUCAUAUUGUGGUGACCAAUACUUUCCCCAUUGUGCCGGAACGAGUCCGAGCAUCCAAGAAGCUGAUUGUGAUUGAUCUAUCCAAUCUGUUGUCUGAAGCCAUUCGACGCAACCACCAUGGAGAGGACAUUUCCACGCUGUUUCACCUCCACGAUUAGCAGAUUUGACAGAGCACCUGUUCCACUCGAUCGUAUUGCUGUCGAAGCGUCACGGGCUCAUUGUGCGAGGUCCAGCUAAUGCCAUGGCGUGGGAAAUGUCAUUCAAGAAGCCCCUGCCAUUUACUAUACCGUAAACGGAAGCCUCCCUCUGUCGACAACAUGUCAUAGAUGUCGAGAAGUCAUUCCUCCCGGACUUCUCUCGGCUCUGACUAUUGUGCCUGCGACACUGAACCAUGCCAUUGGUCCGAAGCAGUCCUGGACAUAGACGAAAGUCUCCACCUGGGAGGUUUCCCUGCAGGUGGUGGCUCAGCCUGGCUUCGCUAUUCGAAUCUGGCAGCCACAUUAGAACCAGAUUGGAAGACGAGCUGCAGCCGUUGUGGACCCAUGUCACCCAGCCUGAGCCGCAUCUUGAGACAGGCUUGAUCGUGCCGUGCGGGUUGGAGGUGCAUGAUGGGAGAUCAUGUCCGUCAAGGGUCCGGCUCGUUGUACUUCUAUAUUGAUGCACCGGCGAAUAGUGCCCCGGUUCGUGAGGUGGUUGACGCAAGCGGCAAGCGAGGUCAGUCAGCGAUGAUGAGAAGACCAAUUCAAGACAUUGAUAGAACUUGCAGAGUUUAUAGAUUAUUUUCCAACAACAUCUUCUGCUGACAUUUGUCCACUCUUGUUGUUCGAGACACGCGUGCAAAGUAACUGGGGGAUCGGAUGUUUAAUGCGUGACCUGCAGCCGAUCUGCAGACCCUGUUGUUGGUUGUUGAUUGGCGUCCAUCGGAGGCACAAAUGAAACUGAUUGGGAGAUGGAAUCGGAUCAUGGCUGGCAUGUCACAGAUCUGUCGGGCCAACCUGGUCACUCGAUUCGAGAGGCGCCAGAUGCAUCACCUGGUUUGGGGUUUCGUGUGAGGUUUAGCUUGGCCAUGG